AUGGGUGGUACAUAUUCUGUCAUUGUAGAUAUUUCCAUGGAUACUAAAAAUAAUGCUCCAACCACAUACUAUGGGAAUAGUAUAGGCCUCACCAGGAAAGAUGAACCAGAGAUUAGAAAGAGUGAUGAAGGUGAGGAGAAACAACCACUCCAGAAUUACAAAAUUUAUAAACAUGAGCUUCCGGACAAUAGUGGAUGGUCAUCAAGUACUUAUGAACUAAAGGCUGUAAAUCAUAAUGGAAAUCGGCAAUUUGGACUUGAUACGGUCGGAUUUAAAGAUCAUAAGACAGUGGAAGUGGUAUACUGGUUAAAUGAUUAG